AUGCCCCUCAACAUCGCAGUCAUCGGCCUCGGCCGCAUGGGCAAACGCCACGUCCACACCCUGCUCUACCGCGUGCCCCGCGCCAAAGUCGUCGCCGUCUGCACCACCGACCCCCACGAGAUCGAAUGGGCGCAGCACAACCCCGAAUACACUGAAUUCGGCAUCGCCAUCUACGACGACUACGACAAGCUGCUGUCCUCGCAGUCAAACCUGCAAGCCGUCUGGGUGUCCACCAGCACAGACGUGCACGCCAUGCAGACGCUCAAGGCCAUUGAAAAGGGGCUGCACGUGCUAUGCGAGAAGCCACUGAGCACCGAUCUCACAGAGGCGCAAUCCGUCGUCACGGCAGCAAACGCGCACCCAGAACUCAAGAUAAUGGCGGGUUUCUCCCGCCGCUUCGACGCCUCGUACCGCGACGCCGCAGUCAAGAUCCAACGCGGCGCAAUCGGGACGCCCUUCCUCGUCCGCUCGAACACCUGCGACCUCAAAGACACAAGCGGGUUCUUCGUGCGCUACGCCUCCCGCAACGGGGGCAUCUUCGUCGACUGCGCAAUCCACGACAUCGACCUGACGCUGUGGUACCUGGACAACCCGGUCCCGAAAGCGUGCUGGGCGGUCGGUAGUCUGCAGGCGCACCCUGAGCUCGCGGCGGCCGGGGACGUCGACAACGCGGUUGGGAUGGUGCAGUUCUGGGGCGGCAAGAUGGCGUACUUUUAUUGCUCGCGGACGCAGGCGCAUGGGCAUGAUGUGCUCACGGAGAUCACGGGGACGGAGGGCAAGGUUAUGGUUAAUGUUAUUCCGCGGGCGAAUGCUGUUGUGCUUGCGGAUAAGGGCGGGUUGAGGCAUGAGGUGCAGGCGGAGUAUUGGCAGCGGUUUGAGGAGGCGUUUGCGGUGGAGGCGAAUGAGUUUGUGGAUGCGGUGCUUGGGGAUAGGAGGGUUCCGGUGAGCUUGGAGACCGGGUUGGUGGUUAUGAAGAUUGGGCGGGCGUUGCAGGAUGCCUUGCUUAGUGGGGAGGUGGUCAGGUUUGAUGAGGGGGGGGAGAGGCUGAAUUAG